UUGCAAAAUUUGAUACUUUUCUUCCUUUCUUUUCUUUCUUUCAACUUUUAAUUUUGAAUUAGAUUGAAUUCCAAAAAUUGGUGCAAAUACCAUUUAAUACUAACUACUAUGAAUUCUUGUUUAGUCAACUUUGGGGACUUGUUUUUAAAAAAAUUCAAAGUUUGACUUUUUAUUGAUCUUGAUAAGGAAAAAACAGCUGGGUUGGUCUUAUGUUUCAUGGUUUAAGCCUGUAGGUAGAGCUUUUUUGUAAUUUAUAAUAAUAAUCUAGACAAAAUUCAUUGAAGGGUGAAAAUGGGGAAAAAGAAUAUAUUUCAUUAUAGAAAAAAUUCAUGGCCUGCUGAAGAAUUUGUAAAUAAGUCUACUCUUCAACUACUUGAUUUUGAUAGUGGAGCACCUCCAGAACAUGCAUGGAGAAGAAAAUUAAAUAGUCAAGCUGGUAUUCUUAAAGAAUUCAGUGUUACUUUCAUGGAAGCAUUAAAAAUGGUUCGGCUUGGUAUACGGCUAUGGUCGUAUGUUAGGGAAGAAGCCUCUCAUGGAAGGAAAGCGCCUAUUGACCCUUUUAACCGUGAAGGCAAACCAAUGGCAACCCAAGGGGUUCCUCUUGGGGGGAUGGGAAGUGGCAGCAUAACUAGGGGUUUUAGAGGAGAAUUUAGGCAAUUUCAAAUCAUUCCGGGUGCAUGUGAGCCUUCUCCGAUGAUGGCAAAUCAGUUUUCUAUUUUUAUAUCGCGAGACAAUGGUAAUAAAAAAUAUGCAUCAGUUUUAUCACCAGGCAAACAUGAUGGCACAGGAACAGAUCAAGGUCUAUCAUCAUGGGGAUGGAAUUUAAGUGGUCAUAAUUCCACAUAUCACGCUUUAUUUCCACGAGCAUGGACAGUUUAUGAUGGAGAACCUGACCCGGACCUCAAAGUGUCUUGUCGCCAAAUUUCACCAUUUUUACCUCAUGAUUAUCGAGAUAGUAGUCUUCCAACCACUGUUUUUGUUUACACGUUGGUGAAUACCGGAAAGGAAAGGGCACAAGUCAGCCUUCUCUUUACUUGGGCGAAUUCGAUUGGAGGAACGUCCCACUUUUCAGGAGACCAUGUCAAUGAGCCUUUCAUAGGCGAAGAUGGAGUCUCCGGUGUGCUGCUACAUCACAAGACAGCCAGAGGAAACCCUCCUGUCACAUUUGCCAUAGCUGCCUGUGAAACUCAAAAUGUAAGUGUCACUGUUUUACCAGGUUUUGGGAUGUCAGAUGAAAGCUGUGUUACCGCAAAAGACAUGUGGGGUAAAAUGACCGAGGAUGGUCACUUCGAUCGAGAGAAUUUUAACAAUGGAGCAACUUUUCCAUCAUCAGCAGGGGAGGCUAAUUGUGCUGCUGUAUCGGCUUCAACGUGGGUUGAACCAAAUGGGAAGUCCACAGUUGCUUUUGCUGUAGCAUGGUCAUCCCCAAAAGUCAAAUUCAUGAAGGGAAAGUCAUACCACAGGAGGUACACCAAAUACUAUGGUACUUCUGAGAGGGCAGCUGGGGAUUUGGUUCAUGAUGCUUUAACAAAUUAUAAGAGGUGGGAAGAAAAUAUUGAGAAAUGGCAAAAUCCGAUUUUGAAUGAUGACGACCUACCAGAAUGGUACAAAUUUACAUUAUUCAAUGAGCUCUACUUUUUGGUUGCUGGUGGCACAAUUUGGAUAGACACUCCAGUACCAGCAGACGACUCUGGAAGUGAACGACGUCUGGCAAGGGUAGAUGACGAUUCAAAACGUGAGAAUGGAAGUUCUUUGACAAUAUCUAGUGAUGAUGAGAGCGAGGUUCCUGAAGGAGACAACAAAACGAAUUCCACAAAUCCUUUGACAAAAUCACUUGAUGAUGAAGAGGAUGUAGGUCGGUUUCUUUAUCUUGAGGGUGUGGAGUACAUCAUGUGGUGUACUUAUGAUGUUCACUUCUACGCAUCAUUUGCUCUCCUAGAACUUUUUCCCAAAAUUGAACUCGGUAUUCAAAGGGAAUUUGCAAAAGCCGUAUUGACCGAAGAUACACGAAAAGUUAAGUUUCUUGCAGAAGGAAACUCAGGUAUCCGUAAAGUUAAAGGUUCAAUUCCUCAUGAUCUUGGAACCCAUGAUCCAUGGCAUGAAAUGAACGCAUAUAACAUACACGAUACUAGCAAAUGGAAGGAUCUAAAUCCUAAAUUUGUACUUCAAGUGUAUCGAGACUUUGCUGCGACUGGAAAUUUGUCAUUUGGAAUAGAAGUAUGGCCUGCAGUUUGUGCAGCCAUGGAAUACAUGGACCAAUUUGACCGGGAUAGAGACUGUUUGAUUGAAAAUGAUGGUUUUCCUGAUCAAACAUAUGAUACAUGGACAGUUCAUGGUAUUAGUGCUUACUGUGGGUGCCUUUGGCUCGCUGCACUACAAGCUACAGCAGCUAUGGCGGUCCAGCUAGGCGAUAAGGUAUCUGCUCAAAAGUACAAAAAGAAAUUCUUGAAGGCGAAAACAGUGUUUGAAUCAAAACUAUGGAACGGGGAGUAUUUUAAUUAUGACAGUGGGUUGAGUAGUACUAGUAAAUCAAUACAAGCUGAUCAAUUAGCAGGUCAAUGGUAUACAGCAUCAUCCGGGUUACCUAAUCUUUUUGAUGAUAAUAAGAUUCAAAGUUCAUUACAGAAGAUAUUUGAUUUUAAUGUCAUGAAAGUGAAAGGAGGUCGUAUGGGGGCGGUAAAUGGUAUGUAUCCAAAUGGGAAAGUGGACGAUACAUGUAUGCAGUCUCGUGAAGUGUGGACUGGGGUCACGUAUGGUGUUGCAGCCACUAUGAUUCAUGCAGGGAUGGAAGAAGAGGCGUUUAAGACUGCUGAAGGGAUAUUUACUGCUGGCUGGUCAGAGGAUGGUUUUGGAUAUGCAUUUCAGACACCAGAAGGAUGGACGAUGGAUGGGAGUUUUCGAUCACUGGUGUACAUGAGGCCGCUUGCAAUUUGGGGGAUGCAGAGGGCUCUGUCGGCACCCAAGGCCAUGCUUAAUCCACCAAAUAUGAACGUAAUGGACAGAAUUAACACGCUACCUCCUAGUUCACGAACAUCUUUUAAUGAUAGGCGCGUAAAAAAGCCUUCUAAUAAAGUCAAGUGCUUUAGCAACUCUCUAUUUAGUUGGCCAUGCUAAUAGAGCAACGGUCGUUUAGCUUAUAAAUAUGUUUUUGGUGAGCUCAUUUUGUUUAUUUACUUUGCUACCUGUGUUGGUUUUCCAUGUCGUUGUAGAUUUUUUCAAACUUUCCAUGAUAGCAAUGUCUGGAAAGGGUACAUUAAUAUUGCCGUGCUAUUUGAUAUCGACCUGAAUUCGCUGAUUUAGUGGUAUUAAUUCGGUAAUUUCUUGUUAAA